GCAUCCUAGUUUUGUCAUAAAGGUGUCAAAUCGGAUAUAAUAACUGAAAUCUCUGAAGAGGAAAUGUGGUUUUUAUAUAUAUUUACAUUAUGUACCAUAUGGUACUUUACAGAAACUGGUCAAAUUAUAUUUGUUCGUAUGUUAAAUUAACUGAAAAUUAUUAUUGAUCAAUGUGUAUUUGAAGUUUGUUGUUAUUUUACAAUAAACUCAUAUUAAAAAUAGUUAGAACGUUGGAAGGUUAUUACUCUUAUGUUUUCAUCUUUUUAUGUGUGAGCAUAUGUACGUAUUGGAAAAAGAAAACUGACAUUUACUUUUAUAUGUGCAACAAAUUGCGGAUUAAUUUUACUUUGUUUUUAAAUCUGCAAUGGAAUUUGCAACGAUAAAAAUCAUAAAUCAUACUUAAAAAUGAGUAAGAAAAUGGAAGUGUCUUUUGUACUUUAAGUGAAUCAUAUUUGUUAGAAAUUCAGUAAAGGAACAAAAUGGAGGAAAACUGUACUGUGCAUCGUAUACUAUUCUAUAUAGAUGGAUGUAUCGAUGACCAGGAACUGGCUGGGGUUAUGCUUGGGGUGUUUAGUGCUGCCCUCUGGACACUUGUACAUAUAUCAUUCUACACAAACCAGCGUCGGACAAUGAAAAUCAACCGAUAUGUUAUGUCAUCCAUAAUGCUACAUAUGAUUGCAGAUGGUCUAAGCUGUAUUGGCGCCAUAUUAGCUCAACAAAAAUCAUUACAGGUUAUUUUUGCUCUGUUUGGAACAGUAGUUAAUGCAGCUAUUGGUUUACACUGUUGGUGUUCUAGAACACCAUCGAAUGAAAAUAUUGGUGCCGACCAAAAAGGAACAAAACGAAAGCCUGUAACUGAAAAAUAUCAUUGUUUGUGUUCAGCCUUCUGUUUGACAUUAUGUUUAAUGUUUAUAACCAUGUGCGUCGCACAAUACCUUACCAUAUCUGAUGAUAAAAUCGUAUAUGAAAAUUCUGCAAAGUUGCAGCCUUACACGCAUACCAUAGUAAUAGUAGGAUAUAUUUUGGGCAGCUUUGGUGCCGUAUCUUACUGGUUUUCUAAGUUUUACGAAAUAGUGGAAUCGUAUCGACAGACCAGGCAUAGAGGGGUGCAUACAUGUAUGUAUUUAACAGCUAUAACAGGGGACACAACCUAUCUGAUAGGGGUAUACAUACAGAUGUCUACAGUUGUAUACAUAAUAAAGACAUUACCAUGGACGCUGGCGAGACUGGGUUUAAUUGGAAUUCACGUUGGCAUCAUAUUUCAAAGAAGUUGUUCUAGCGGUCAAAAACAAACAGAUGACAACGUGACUUUGUUAAAAGAGAACAGGAAAUCUGACGAAUCUGAUUGGUCAGAUGAUAGUAGUACUGUUAUCUGUGGAACAUGUGAUCUUCAGACCAGUGUCAAACAAAUGAUCUGCAGAGAUUCACCAUUGUUUGACAAAGAAAUAACACUUUAUGAAAAAGGAGUUUCAGAAAAAGCUUUUCAUGACAAAGGUAUCAACCCAGCAUUAAAUAAAGAUACAAAUAUGGAAUCGGCGUCUUCCGAGAGUCCAGAACUAGAGUGGGACUUUGAGUGGUCAUCAGACACAAAAAAGCGACAGUUUUCAAAAAUGGAUAUUAACAAAGUGUCUCCUUAUAAUGGAUAUUAUAAAGUGGUGGAAUGGUUUAAAAAAAGUUGUGAUAUUGACAGUCAGUCUGACGUGGAUGAUUACACGGAUAAUAAUAAUACUUGUCACAAAACAGUUUCAAAUUAAAUGUAUGAAAAAUAAAUCAUGUGAAUUUGUGUUAAUAUUAAGGCUUAUAUA